GAGCAGCAAGAGCAUUUUUCCGAGGUAAUGAUUAAGCCGAGCACCUGGCAAGGGCACAGGAGCCACGCCAGGAAGGUGAGCCCUAUUCACACCUCUGCCAGGCUGCGGUGGCCAGGACCGGUUUGAGAAGGCAGGGACCUGGGGCGCAGGGGCCCUGAGCCGGCAGCCACAGCCUCCUGCCUGCCCACGGCACUGGGAACAUCUGAGGGCUGGAGCCUCUGCUACCUACCCUGCGGAGACGCUGCCCUCACCCUUGCACCAUGAAGCUCCAGGUGUUCUGGACUGGGCUGGAAUACACCUGCCGGCUCCUGGGUAUCACCACAGCUGCAGUGCUGAUCGGCGUGGGCACUGAGACCUUCCUCCAGGGGCAGUUCAGAAGCCUGGCUUUCUAUCUGCUGUUCACGGGAGCUGCCGUCGCCGUGUGCGAAGGGUCCUACUUUGUGGCUCAGCUGCUGGGCCUCUGCUUCCAGUGUCAGCCAGGAUCCCUGGCAGGUAGAGCAAGGACAAAGGCCCACUGGCUGGGCUGCUUCCAAAAGUUUCUGGCCUAUGUACUGCUGUCGGUGGCCUGCUUCCUCCACCCUGUCCUGGUCUGGCACGUGACCAUCCCAGGCUCCAUGCUCAUUGUCACUGGCCUGGCCUACUUCCUACUGAGCAAGGGGAAGAAAAGCAAAGCUGCCCCUGCAGUGCCCGCCUCCCCGGAGCAGUACACAGACCCCUCCGGCAGCACCGUGAGCACCACCGGCUCCGGGGACACCGAGCAAACCUAUACCUUCCACAGAGCCCUCAAGAAGGGUCCUGGCUCCUUCUUCAACCACAUGAAAAGCAUCCUGAAGGGGACUAAGAAGCACAGUGUCCUCCAGCCCCCGGACAGCUUGACAGAGCUCAGUCUGGAGCCAGCUGACCCUCUGGCCAAGAGGAAGCAGGUCCACUUCGAAGACAGCGUGGUCAGAAUCAUCCCGUCCCUUGCCGAAGGUCUGGACGAUGGGGACAGUGAGCCAGAGGAGACCACUUCUGACACGGCCCCCAUCAUCCCUCCCCCCCAGGCCCCGCUCCUCCUGUCUUGCGAAGCUGCCCAACGAGCCAAGCUCAUUCUAGAAGCAUCGCUGAGAGCUCCCUGCAUCCCCACCAAGCUUGGGCUUUUGCAAGAUUCCAAGAAGAUGAUGCAACUGAAAGAUGCAGAGGGCCCAGCCCAGCGGGCAGCGGUGAAUGCCAGGGUGCAGGGUGCAGGGCCUGCACUUGGGGUGCUGUGUGCCAGGAUCACGGGGGAGCUCCCUGGGGAAGUCAUGGUACAGAGGGGCGGCUCUGCCGUGCUAGGACACCUGGUAACAGGAUGCGAGGUGAUAAACACGUUUGCUCAAAAUGGGAAGGAGAGAAAGGGAAACGGGGAGCAGGAGGAAAGUGGGCAGGCGGGGUGGUUGAUUAUCCAGAGGAGCUGGAUUCCAGCAGAGCCUAGAAGCUGGGCCAAGCCCUCCCUCCAGGCUCCCACCUAUCUCCAAGCUCAGGACAAUAAUCCCAGCCUUUCCACGCAGCCUGGGACAUACAGAGAUGGUGAGCAGCGAGACCAGCCAGCACACAGCUUCCCCAAGGCCCCUGCUCUCUGGCUGCAGAACUUGCUGGCUAACCCCAACCCCAGCCACUGGUGA